AAAGGAAAAUCGAGGAAAGAAGGAAUAAGAAUGCGUGGCGGAGGAAAUUUUGCGAGCAACGGAGAGGGGUGUCUUCGGGGUAGUACGACGGUAGUAACGAUGCCAGUUCUUCGCAAGCGAGUUGGGCUCGAACUCGAGCGUCGCGAGAGUGAGAGAAGCUACCAGCAGCCUGGCUCAUCUUGUAGUGUCUAGUUUAACGAGAUGACGGGCUCGUGGCUGAGACCCGCGUUUUUCGUGGGCCUGAGUUUUCUAGCCAUUGCCUUGCAGGGAGUGCAAUGCGAAGAAGAGCUAGAAUCGAUACCACCGGAAGACCUUUGCCGGCCUUACAUCGAGAAGGCACUCAAGGAUCUCGGCACAGGAUCUUUGGAGCAGACCAGUGCAGAGGCCGAUAAUGUCGACGACGAGGAGGGACGCGGAGAAGAAGCGUUGGCUAUCAGUGCGGAGGUCGAUGAGUCGAUAGAGAAGGAUGUUUCGAGAGCAGAUCGACCGGAGGACAAGGAAGAAACCGAUAACGUCGAAGAGGCAGAAGGAAAAGAAGAAAAGGAAGAGGUUUCUGGAGAGACCGAUGAGAUCGGUGUAGAAGAGAUUUCAGAAGGGGAAAGUGAGGAUGAAUCGAUCGAAGCCUCUGACAAGGACGAUCAAACGGACGAAGCUCUUAAGGACGAGAGUAACGAGGAGAUAAAAGAAGACGAAAGCGAGGCGAAGGAAGAAAAAGAAGUAGAAGAAGAAGAAGAAGAAGGAGAAGAAGAAGAAGAAGAAGAAGAAGAAAAAGAGGAAUCCGUUGAACCGAGAGAGGAAGAAAAGGAUCGAUCCAAGGAAGAAACGGGUAGCGAGGAAGAAGAGCAAAGGUCUGCCGAAGAAGAGGCGAUUCGAUUAGACGAUGACGACUUGACCGCGGUCACAGAGUCAUCCGAAGAAGGUGCAAAGGCCGACGAUAUAUCCGAGGAGGAGAUCCAAACGAGCGAUGCAAUUGCGUCUGUUAGCGAAAAUGAAAUCGGAGGAAAAGAGGAAAGUGCCGAAAAUUUAGAGACGUCGCAAAGGGAGAAAGAAGAGACAGACGACGAGAGCGAUCGAGAAGCCGAUGCUGAUAAGGAAGAAAGUUCUUUGGAAGAUGAAAAGGCGGAUGAAUUAUCGAAAGAAGCGAGCGAGGAAGCGAGCGAAGAAGCAAAGAAACGCGAAUCAAACGACGAUGAUAAAUCUGAUAAUGAUAAGGACAAUGACAAACCCGACGCAGGCGAUUACGAGGAAAAGGUCGAGAGAGUAGAGAAAGAAAAGCAUGAAAGCGAAGAGGAAGACGGUCGAGCGAGCGAAGAAAAGGACGAGAUCGGGUUAGAGACAACGACUAUAUCCGAAGAAGCGGUGGAAAAGGAAGAAGAGAGCGAAGAGAAAAGUCCGAAAUGGCAAGGGGAAGAAGAGGGAGAAGGAGAGAAGGAAGGUACGUCUCGUAGCAGACGAGAAGCUUACGACGAUGAAAACGACGAAAGACCGUUAGAAAUCCCUCGAGAAGAUAAAGGCGAAGAGGACGAAGAAGCAAAAGUUCAAAGCGAGGAAGAACCGAGCCCCGAGGAGGAUUUGAUUCGAGAAAUACAAGUGCCGGAAAAUCUUCGACCGCGCGAUCACAUCAACCAAUUGUUAAAAUUAGACGAGGAAAACGAAGAAAAGGAACGUGCCGUACAGAAAGUUUCCGACAUUGUCUUGAGAGAUUUGAAGAAGCUCUACGAUAACGCGAUUCAACCUUUAGAAACGCUCUACAAGUACAGAGAUCUCAGUAACAGACACUUUGGAGAUCCCGAGAUAUUUUCCAAACCAUUGGUACUCUUCAUGGGCCCUUGGAGCGGUGGCAAAUCUUCCAUCAUUAAUUACUUAUUGGACAUAGAGUAUACGACGACCGCAUUGCGGACAGGAGCCGAACCCUCUCCCGCAUAUUUCAACAUCCUAAUGUACGGCGAAGAAGAAGAGGUUCUAGAUGGUACGCAAUUGGCUGCCGAUUGGACUUUUUCUGGAUUACAAAAGUUUGGCCAAGGGAUGUUGGAUCGUCUUAGAGGGCUGCGCUUCGAUAAUAAGUUACUCGAGAAGGUCAAUAUCGUCGAGAUACCUGGCAUCUUAGAGAUACGCAAACAAGUUCAAAGAUUGUUUCCGUUUAACGACGCGUGCCAGUGGUUCAUCGACAGAGCAGACAUUAUUUUCCUAGUCUACGACCCCUCGAAAUUAGACGUUGGACCCGAAACAGAAGCGAUUUUGGAUCAACUUAAAGGACGUGAAUAUCAAACACGAAUCAUUCUCAAUAAAGCUGAUCAAGUCAAACCGGAAGAACUUAUGAGAGUGCAAGGUGCACUCAUUUGGAAUAUAUCUCCGUUAAUGUCUAGCGCUGAACCACCGAUAAUGUAUUCCACCUCCCUAUGGUCUUUACCUUACGAAACUGGCGCACCUACCAGGCUACUGUACGCGCAAGAGCGCGCCUUCCUUCGAGAUUUGCGUUCUGCCAUUGACAAAAGAGUCGAACAUAAAAUAGCUAGCGCUAGGAGAUUUGCCGUUCGCGUACGAAAUCAUGCAAAAAUGGUAGAUUGCUACUUAACGACGUAUUAUAAUCAUAAAACCUUUUUCGGAAAUAAGAAAGAGAUUAGUGACAAGAUCGUUGAAAAUCCUCAAGAUUAUCAUAUUUACGAAGGCUUGAGCACUCUUACCAAUAUAUCACGUUAUGAUCUUCCCGAUCCGGACGUUUAUCGAGAUUUCUUUCGAUUAAAUCCUUUAUACGAUUUUCAGCUUUUAAGUUCAACUUGCACUUAUUUCCGCGGUUGUCCUAUAAAUAGACUCGACGUUGCUAUUGCAUAUGAUCUGCCAGAACUUGUUGGAAAAUAUAAGAAAUCUGUAGAAGUGGUGAUGCAUGAGAAUGAGGCUAGUAGCCCAUCCAGUUGAGUACAAAUACAUCUUCUAUAAUGAAAUUCUUUCUACCAUGUAGAGUACAGAAUAAUGGCUUAUUUUCCUUUUACUCUACGUCCAAAUAGAUCAAAUGAUAAAUUAAGAUGAUUGUGCACAAAUACAGUAUUUUUCACAACGACAGGAGAAAUCUCCUCCCAUAAUUAUGAAUUUAACGACCUACUGCAACAAUUGGGAGUAGACUGUGCUCGAGCAUUGUGCUGGGAUAAAGUUGAGUCAUUGUAUGAAGUUAUAUACGAUCGAAAUGCACAUCACUGUACAUUCUCUAUAAAGAAAAUGAAUAACGAGGGAGAGAGAGAAUGAGUGAGAGAGAGAGAGAGAGAGAGAGAGAGAGAGAGAGAGAGAGAGAGAGAAUGAGAGAGAGAGAGAGAGAGAGAGAUAUUUUAAGCAAGCGUCGAUGCUGCAAACAAAUGUGUUUUCAAAGCCACAAGAUUCAUAAUUUAUGAAGAUAAUUUAUAAUUAUCCCAACAUAUUUUUCAUUUCGAUUUGUUUAGAGUGAUCUCAGCAGUUAAAUUACUAACUUGCGAAUAUCUCAAACAAUCUCCUCUUUUAAAAUUAUGCUUGCACCUGGAAGAUAAUGCGAGUGUUAUCAUUCCGAUAUAAAAUGAACAGUAAAAGUUUUCCUUGAAUGUGUUCUAACAUUAAAUUAUCCAUCAUAAGAUUAGCA